GGACAAAGAGCACUAUCUUGCACCGCUGCCCACUCUUCACCGCCGAACAUGUGCACCUUAUCAGAGUGAUCUGCGCUCUGUAGAUAAGGCUCGAGCUGCGAGACGCCGACAUACAGAAGACGCACCUGGCCGACGAGGAUGGGGGACGAAGAGGACGGUCGGAGACGGGACGGCCCUCACGGAGGCGCAGAGGGAAGGCGACACAAGACGAGGCCGCAGUCCCACCGCCAAGACUCCGGACCAGAGAGACGGCAGGAGCUUUACCUGGGCUUCCUCACAAAGACGCAGCUGGUCGUGGCGUCCGUGACCGUUGGACUCGUCCUUCUGCUGACAAUCAUUACAGUCACCGCCGUGGUGCUCACCAACAAGUCAGGUUCCACGUCUCUUUCUCCCUCCAUGACUACUGGUGGAGACAUGCUGGACUUCCUCGUUCAGUCUGGUGAAAUUAGCGAACGUGACGGUCUGUUGGCUACCUGGUUCCACAGAGCCAACAGAAAAGAGGAAAUGAACAACGCUUUAGCAAGUGACGCCAUGAUCCUGGAGGCUGAUGUCACUCUGGAGGGUUAUGGCACACCCGGGGAAAAGCCAAUCCCGAUCAUGGCCCACCCUCCUGACAAGUACAGUGAUAACACUCUGGACCAAUGGCUGGAUGCGGUGUUGGCCUCAAGAAAAGGCAUUAAGUUGGAUUUUAAGUCUCUGGCAUCAGUGGGUUUGUCAUUGGACCUGCUUCGUGAGAAGAACAGCAGCGGAGGAAUAAACCAGCCUGUGUGGCUUAAUGCCGACAUCCUCCAAGGUCCCAACGUACCAGACUUUAUUCUUCCAGUUAAUGGAACCAGAUUUCUACAGUUGAUUCAGGAGAAGUUUUCAGAUGUGACACUGUCUCCUGGCUGGAAGGUAGCCUACGGCCCCCCACUUUUCAAUGGAACCUACACAAGGCUGAUGGUGGAAGACAUGUAUAAUAUGAUCAAAGACGUCCCACAAAAGGUCACAUUCCCUGUCCAUGCCUUGUUGGUCCGCAGCGGCUGGCAGCACAUCAGCUGGCUCCUCAGUCAGUCACCACGGUUCAGUCUGACCUUGUGGCAGGGGUCAAUCCACCCAAACGUCAGUGACCUGCUGUUCAUCCGCGACAAUACCCACCCUGCCCAGGUCUACUAUGACAUCUAUGAACCAACACUGUCUGCAUUCAAACAGGCUGCAAUUUAUACAGGGCAGCGGGGCCGUCCAAGGACAUUCUACCCCGGGGGAGACCUGAUGGACUUCCUGUCCACAGCCACACAACGUAGUAGCCUGGCUGUCCACUGGUUCACAGUCACUGACCACGCCUCCCUUUUGGCUCAGCUCUCAGAUGGUGCUGGAGGUAUGUUGGUGGUCCGGGUGACUUCUGACGACAAGCGACCAGGAGUGCCUCUGGUGGAAGGUUCUGGAGAGAGCUCAGAGCCCCUCAUGCUGCAGGAUGUCCUGCAGCAGCUUGAGCAGAGCGCUGAUGUGCCCUGGGGUGUUUACCUCCGAAUCCACACGCAGCAGCUUCUGGAGGUUUCUCUCAUGUUGCUGUGUUCAGCCUACAGCAGAGAAAAGCUCUACAGGCCAGUUUGGAUCAGCAUGGACGGCAUGCAAAGCAGCGAUCACGCAAAGGAGUAUGUGUCCACAGUAGAGAGGCUGUUCCCGUACGUCACCCUGGUCCUGACGGAGCAGAACUGGCCUCCUCAGAUCACAGCGACGGUGGCAGGUUUGUCUCAGAGGGUGGCUCUGCAUGUGAAUACAGCAUCCCUGCCAAGCAGAAGGGAGGAGCUUCACUCUCUCCUGGGAAUGAUGGACAGAUUUGACCUCAUAGUGGAAGAGGACACAAAGAGCAGAGCUGAGGCUUUGUCGGUCCUGAAAGGACGUAUGACCAAGCGCAAAGGGAGAGCGAACACAAACCUGUAUGUGAUCUCUGACCGGUCUUAACCGACAAUGGUAAUGACAGUACUCAAAAAGCAUAUUUGUGUGAACAGGUAUAUACAUAACUAUAUCAAUAACACCAGUACUGCCGGAGCAUUGCACAUUGUUCAUCUUGAGUACAACAUUAGUACAACAUUCAGAAUAUUAGAAUCAAAGGCUUGGGUCUGAAAGAUGUGAAGGUGGUGACACCCUGACUGCCAUUAAAAGUCAGAUGAUGAUAUAAAAUGUGGUAGAAUUAAAUGUGUUUUGAAAGAUGUGAAGGUGGUGACAUCCUGACUGCCAUUAAAAGUCAGAUGAUGAAAUAAAAUGUGGUAGAAUUAAAUGUGUUUUGGGAGAAAAUUACAUUAAAUAAAACAAAAAACUCCAAUAAAAUGUAGAGUUUUGGUCA